CCGCCUUUCCAAAUGGGGGGAGGGGCGCGAGGCGCCGCCCUCCUCCCCCCGCCUCGGCGCCCGCCGGCCGUCCCGGGCCCCUCCCGCUCCCUUCCGCUCGCCCUCCUCGGCCGGGCCCGGCCGCCGUUCGGCGCGCGCCUCCCUCCCCGCGGGCCGUUGCCCCGGGGGCCGCCGGGAAACGGCCCGCCCCGGCCCAAGCGGGGCCCGAGAAGUCCGUGCGGGAGCCGUCGGCGGGACCGGCGAUCGGUUCCUCGCCCCCCUUGGAGAAACUUCUUUCCCACCGAACCGCCGAUGGCAGACGAGGAGCGGCAGCCCCGGCGGGAUCCCUUUUACUCAGAGAUGCCCAAAGUGGAGCUUCACGCCCACUUGAACGGUUCCAUCAGUUCGGCUACCAUGAAGAAACUAAUAGCCCUGAAGCCGCACCUCAAAAUCCAGGAUGGGAUGCCGGUCGACAAGGAAGACGGGACGCUGGAGGAGUAUUUCCGGAUGUUUCAGCUCAUCCACCAGAUCACGAACCGCACGGAAGAUGUCCUAAUGGUCACGAAAGACGUCAUUAAAGAGUUUGCGGAUGAUGGGGUCAAGUAUCUGGAGCUGAGGAGCACGCCCAGAGGAGAAAUCACGACGGUCAGACCACAGCGCCCCACACCUUCAGCGCCCUCGCGAAAUCACCUCCCUCGGUCGUGUUUGGCGAGCCCUUCCCGUGCAGAGUGCCGCAGCGAGCACCCGGGAGAGUACGGUAUGACUAAGAGGACUUACGUGGAAGCUGUUCUCGAAGGCAUAAAGCAAUCCAAAGAAGAGAAUCUGGACAUAGAUGUGAGGUAUUUAAUGGCCGUAGACCGGCGAGGCGGUCCUGCGGUCGCCCGGGAGACCGUUAAACUUGCCGAAGAGUUCUUCCUGUCCACCGACGAUACCGUUCUGGGCCUCGACCUCAGCGGAGACCCCACUGUGGGACACGGAGAGGACUUUUUCGAACCCCUGCUGCAAGCAAAGAAAGCUGGCCUGAAGUUGGCAUUGCAUCUUGCCGAGAUUCCGGGUCUAGAGAAGGAGACCCAGGUCCUCCUGGGGUUGCCUCCUGACCGAAUCGGGCACGGGACGUUCCUUCAUCGUUGCGCGGGAGCUGGGCCGAGCCUGACGGAGCUCGUUCGCCGCCAUCGGAUCCCCAUCGAGUUCUGUCUCACGUCGAACGUCAGAAGUCGGACGGUGCCUUCCUACGACCGACAUCAUUUCGGAUUCUGGUACGGCGUGGCCCACCCUUCUGUGAUCUGCACCGACGAUAAGGGUAUUUUCGAUACCCGCCUGUCUCGAGAGUACCAGCUGGCGGCCGAAAACUUCCGCCUGAGCCAGGCCCAGGCGUGGGACCUCUCCUACAAGUCCAUCGACUGCAUCUUCGCCUCCGGCGGCGUGAAGGCCGAACUCAGGAAGAAGUGGAGCCGGCUGAAGCCGGGUCCGCUGAGCGACUGAACGGCUCCGGGCCCUCGCCCUGAAUCUCGCCUUUCCGCCCGCCCUGCCCUCGCCUGCGUAUAGAUUUUGGUUUCCUUCCGGGCCGUUCUGAUCUGGUCGCUAAUCCCGACUCCGGAUUUUGACCCGGCGGAUGAUGCUGGCCCCGGAUACGGUGCUCGAGGCCUCGCGAACGGGGCCGGAGUGGGAGCGUCACCCGCGAGGGCCUCGGCCGGACGGGGCGGGGGCUCCCCGAUCCGGGCCCCGCCCCGGCCGGCCGUCGGCACCUCUCUCGGAGGGCCCGGGCCCGGGCUUCGGGCAGCGGGUUAGAAAGUCCGGGCCUCGUUGGUUUGCACGUUCACCCUCCCGCUCGAUCGUGUACGCCGACGGCUUGCUUUCUUUUGGAUCGCCGUCAUAAAGAUCGUCUGGAUCAGGUCGGAUCUCGGGACUGCAUCGAUGCACUUUUGUCUCAGCGCUCACGUCUCGUGGCGUCGGUUUAGAGCUCUCGCCGGGUAGAGCGGGGCGGGCCGCCGGAGGGUCGGGGUCAACCGGCGGGGUGAACUGAUCAGAAUCACGCCCACAAAACGGCACGGGAAAGGGAAACCCGCCCGUUACCCGUGGGACGGGUUCGGGAAUCGGCGCGGCAAGAGACCGGGGACGAGAAGGCGGAGUUCUUUACAGAAUUUAUCCCGCGGGGCGAAUCGAACCUCCCUCUGGGGAGGAAUGUGAUUAUUUAACGAUAUUAGAGCUUCCCUACCGGGAGGAAUACGCUGAGGUGUCAACUCGCGCACGACAAGAGUGCCCGGGUCCCGCCCCACGGGCGCUUCCCACUUGGGAGGAGUUCACUCACGGUCGCGCACCCGUGGCGAAGCGCCUGCCUUCCAGCCCCAACGUGAGGGAAACCCCAGGCCAGAGGCGAGGGGUCGGGGGCGUGUCGGACGAGAUCGAGGUACGGCAGGUUGGCAUUGGAACAGCGAGGCGUACAGGCCGGGUGCGAUAUCGAAGCGGCCGGGUACGACGGGAGGGAGCGAACGCUCAGAACAGUGCUCUGCGCUCAGCGCUAAAUAACUCAGGUUGCCGACGCAGAAGCGCUCUCCGCCUCUCGCCGGCUUUCCCCGUCCCCAAGGUGAACUCGGGGUCUCCGACGCUACCGCGGGACCGCCCGAGCGAGGCGGGAGUCGGGAGGGCGGGAGGGCGGAGACUGAGGCCGGAAGCCGGAAUGGCCUGGGAGCCCAGGUAAUAACCAGGUGGACCGAGACCCGCGGCGGCCGGCCGCCGGUCACCGACGGCCGGCCGCGUGAGAAGGCCGCUCUGCCCGCACCGGGCGAGGAGCCGCGCGACGGGCGAGGGUCCCGGCCCGCCGAACGCCCCCCUCCACGACGCACAGACCGCUUCCGUCUCACCGCCGAGGGAUUUCCGUCCGUAGAGACCCGCUCCUCGCACCCGUCCCCGCCUCGGGCCCCAGACCGUCGGUUUGGGAGCGGUUUGGCCGGACUCUCCCAGGGUCUGCCCCGCUGAUGCUUAGGGAGCGUCACUCCCUCGUUUUAGUUUCCCGGAGGGACGAAUUUAUUCGACGUUAGGGAGAGCCAUAUCUACUUCACACGGCCCCUGAGCCCGAGACCCCCGGCGAAGCCCUCCUGUCCCUCACUCGCUCUCCCUUCUACGUUUUCACGCGUCCUUUUACUGCGUGUCCAGCGCGGUCCCCUCUCCCCGCUUUGUAUCGUUGGACUCCGAGCCCCCCGAGGAACGGGCACCGGAUCUAAUCCUCAAAGGCGUGUCCUCUCUGGGUUCAGGACAGGGCUCUGAACCCAGUAAGCCCUGAGUAAAGAAUAUUACCACCACCUGAUAGUGGCCCCCACGGCACCCGUGUACCGGUCCGUAAUUUCCAUUUAAAAAAAACUGUAAUCUCCUUGCGGGCAGGGAGCGUGCUGCUAACUCCGUCGAACUCUCCCGGGCGCGUUGAUUAAAAGAGAUGUAACUGUGU